GCGACACAGCUGUCUGCAAGCAUUGAGCUGCCUGGCGCCAUCCCGAAAGAAUGCCUUCACUGUCAAAAUAAGAGAGACAGCGUGUGUGUGUGAGAGAGAGAGAGAGAGAGAGAGAGAGAGAGAGCAAGAGAGAGAGAGGGGGAGAGGGGGGAAGAGAGGGGUGUUGCUACAGCUUAACACGCAGAUUUGAUCUUUGAGUUUAAAACUCGCUCCUGGCCAGUGUGGACUAAGCCACCCCAUGCGAACAAGCCUGCUCGUGAACACAUCGCCGCCACUUGUUGCGAGAGCUGCUCGCUUCCGAAACUUUGUGGAAGACGCGCCGCGCCGCGCACCUCAAAGUGGAACUAGACACGCCUGUGGAUCUACACAUGCCAGCGUGCGAGUCUUGUCAUGUGUAAAUGUCACCAAAUGCCAUUUCUCUGAAGGGAAGACACCUGUGGAUUUAACAUCACAGGACUUGGACAAAAACUUUUUCCCCCAACUGUCUUAUACAUAUUUGUAUGCAUGAACGUUUGGUGUCGGCGAUGGAAGUAAGCACGGAUCAGCCCCGGUGGAUGAGCCACCACCACCCCGCAGUCCUGAACGGCCAGCAUCACGACUCACACCACCCGGGCCUCGGCCACUCGUACAUGGACCCUUCGCAGUAUCCGCUCCCCGACGAUGUGGAUGUACUCUUUAAUAUCGACGGACAGAGCAAUCACGUCUCCCCGUACUACGGAAACACGGUGCGGGCGGUGCAGAGGUACCCGCCUCCCCCCCACGGUAGUCAGGUGUGUCGCCCCCCACUGCUCCAUAGCUCUUUGCCCUGGUUGGAGGGCAGCAAAGCCCUGGGUUCGCACCCUGGCUCUUCCCCAUGGAAUUUGGGCCCUUUCCCGAAGAACCCUCUGCACCACGGCUCUCCGGGAGCGCUGUCAGUCUACCCUCCGGCCUCGUCCUCCUCCCUGUCCACGGGACACUCCAGCCCGCACCUCUUCACCUUUCCCCCGACCCCCCCUAAAGACGUGUCUCCAGACCCCGCCAUUUCCACCCCUGGUUCGGGCAGCUCCAGCCGCCAGGAGGAGAAAGAUGGCAUAAAGUACCAAGUGUCCCUGACUGAGAUGAAGCUGGAAUCUGCUCACAGCCGGAGCAUGGCCUCCAUCGGGGCGGGGGCAUCUUCCGCCCACCACCCCAUCGCCACUUACCCCUCAUAUGUUCCCGAAUACUCCCCAGCAGGCCUCUUCCCACCAAGUAGCCUGAUAGGUGGGUCACCUUCUAGUUAUGGUUCCAAAACAAGACCAAAAACAAGGUCCUGUUCAGAAGGCAGAGAGUGCGUGAACUGCGGCGCCACCUCCACCCCCCUGUGGCGGCGGGAUGGCACGGGCCACUACCUGUGUAACGCGUGCGGACUCUAUCACAAGAUGAAUGGACAGAAUCGCCCCCUCAUCAAACCCAAGAGGAGACUGUCUGCUGCGAGACGGGCGGGAACCUCGUGCGCGAACUGUCAGACCACCACAACGACGCUGUGGCGACGGAACGCCAAUGGAGACCCCGUGUGCAACGCCUGCGGCCUCUAUUUCAAACUGCACAACAUCAACCGACCACUGACAAUGAAGAAGGAAGGCAUUCAGACCAGGAACCGAAAGAUGUCCAGCAAGUCAAAGAAGAGCAAAAAGUCCCAGGACAGCAUGGACGAGUUCUCCAAGAGCCUCAUGGACAAGGGCAGCUCCUUCAGCCCUACUGCUCUGUCCCGACAUAGUGUCUUCCCACCUUUCUCGCACUCAGGUCAUAUGCUGAGCAGCCCCACGCCCAUGCACCCCUCCUCCAGCAUACCCUUCGCACCCCACCACCCAACCAGUAUGGUCACAGCAAUGGGCUAGACCUUCCAACCUCACUCGGACCCAGCAAACUUUUGCUUUCUUCCCUAAAAGACAGAAAAUUCUUUAUUCGGUUAUACAUGACAGGCGUACAACCUCUGGACCCCAACAUACAACUGACUGAACAUCUGGGCUUUCACUUUGGGACAAUCACUUCACUCCACCUGGGGAGAAAGAGGCUGACGGAUCAUUUCGUCAACAUCUUGUGUUCAACCAACUGCCGAAUCUGGAUUUCAUCUCCUCCCAAAAGCCAUUUUUUUCACAAAAGACACAAAGACAAAAAAUUACCUUUAAUAGUCCUUUGUAGACCUUUUCCUCAACCCUGUGAAACAGGAGUCCCUGUACUGUGAAAAACAGAAGAUAAACUUUAAAUAUAUUUGUACAAAUUGUAUGAAAUACAGUACAUUUAAUGAAGACUUUGUAAUGAAUAUAUGCCAAUGGGCAGCUAUAACAAGAAGGGUACAAGUUGGGGCAGAAAGAGAAGCUGAGGAGGUCUUCUAAUGGCUUUGGUUGAAAGGACAGCAGCAGAGAGCAAAGCAGACACAAACUAACAAGUCUCAUGCCUCAGCAAGAAUUUUCAUGCAUUAAAUGACAAGACAGGUCAGUCAUCCAGAUGGCAAGCAUUUAUACAGGGGUUUUAGUAAGUCCCAGGCAUGUGUCAAGACACAAAUACACACACAUAUGCACGCAUGCCCACACAUAUGCCAUGGUGGAUCACCUGAAAGAUGUUUUCCAGACUAUAUGCAUUGUGAACAAGUUCCUGUAUUUGUUAUUUGUAUGUAUAAAUACAGAGUACCAAAAAUAUUAAAGAAAC